AUGGAGAACGCUAAGAUCAAUUUAGAUAUAUUCUUUUUAGGAGCCACUGGCUACAUUGGCGGAAGUGCUUUGGGUCAUUUACUCAACCACUAUAGAGCCAAUGAUAACCAGGUUCAUAUCAGGGCCCUUGUUCGAUCUGAAGAGAAAGCAAAGAAGUUGCUCGAUUGGGCAAAAGCUCGUGAAGUAGACAAACUGGUUGUCCCUAUUAUAGGAACUUUGGAUGACGAGGAUAUAAUCGUCAGAGAGGUCGCUCAUAAUGACGUGACUAUCCAUACAGCUCAUUCUGACCACUUGGGGGCUGCCAAAUCCAUUGUUAAGGGAUUGGAUCUGGCAAUCAAGCGCAGAAAAGAAAGUCCCUCUAAAACUGCAAGGCCAAUUCUCAUUCAUACAAGUGGUACUGGUUUGCUAGUCGAUGAUAGCUACGGUCUCAAGACUACUGACACUAUUUAUCAUGAUGACAAUGAGGAUGAAAUUAAUAGCAUUCCUGAUACUGCUUCACACAGAGAUGUAGAUUUGGUACUUCUCAAUUACUGGAAGCAGCACAAAGACGACGUAGAUAUAGCCAUUGUUGCCCCUCCCACUAUUUGGGGAUUGGGCACAGGUCCAGAUUCAGUGCAGUCUAUUCAAAUUCCUUUGCACAUCAAUAAGUUCAUUCCUAUUAGACAGGCGUUCAAUAUCGGCAAGGGAGUAAAUCAAUGGACGCAGAUCAAUGUGUUGGAUCUGGCUGAUUUCUAUCGAGUUCUCUUUAUUGCUUUACAUGAACAACCUGGUAAGCAUGGAGGUUUCUAUUUUGUCGAGAAUGGCGAGUUCUCUUGGAGCGAGGUCGGUACUGCUAUUCAAAAGGGACUCGUACUUGCCGGGUAUACUACUUUCCAUUCUGCCAAGGAUGCCAAUGAUGACACUACUUACCUCACAGUUUUUGGUAGAAAUGAACAGGGGUUCCCAUACCGUAGAGUCAAUGGUGGCAACUCAAGAGCUCGUGCUGUGAGAGCCAGAAAGGAGCUGAAAUGGGAAGCCAAAUACAGUAGCCAUGAGGAGUUCUUAGCUGACAUUACGCAAUCUGUCCUCAUUCAAGCCAAGUUCGGCAAGGACAACAGCAGAGAUACUGGUGGUGAGAGGCCCCCACAAAUAGAGUAG